UUUUGUUUGUGGCCGAACUCAGAGGCAUUUACGAAAUGCCUUCUGUUUUUAACUACUUUUCAUUUCCCAAUUCAUAUGCCAAUUGAGGAGGCUUUGAUGAAAUGCCACCUUGUUAGUUUCUUUGUUAUUUGCUCGCGUCACCGCUUCAAUUGGAUUUUAACUUGGUGCGUAUCGACUUCCCCAACAACCGGAAAGGUUGACUUGACGAUGAUUCUGAUCAUGGUACAAGUUCUUACCUGGUAGAAGGAGAAGGGGGAACAGCGACAGAAAAUGGUGGCGAGGAAGCUCCUGGUGCGGCAUAAUAGUGCCCAAUUCGACGUCGACUAUGAGACCGAUGAUGGACUCGAAGUGUUGAAGUACCAGCUCUUCUCUUUGACUUUGGUUCCGCCGGAAGACCAGAAGUUGGUUGGUGCGGGCAAUCGAGCAAUCCGGGAGGACGCGGAUCUCAACUCGAUGACGGAGCUCCAACUGGUGACGGGCGGCGAAGGCGUUGGGUCGUCGUUGUCGACGGAGAAAUCCGAUGAGGAGUUGGCUAGGAUGCUUCAGGCCGAGGAGGAGGCCCUCUUCUUUCAGCAAUACCAGCACGACCAAGGCACUGUGGGGUUCGAGCAAAGGGUUCGUCCUUACAUUUCUCAGGUUCUCAUGUAUGAAGACCACUCUCGCCAGGAAGCAGCAAGAAAGACAGUGCCCAUGGAUGAACUUGAGGAGCAGGCGUUAAUAUCACUAGCUAAGGAGGGAAACUUUAAACCUUCAAAAAUUGAGCAAGACCAUGCCAUCCUGUUGCAGCUGCUAUUUUGGUUCAAGAAAUCAUUUAGGUGGGUGAAUGCCCCACCAUGUGAAACUUGUGGUUGCGAAACAAAUAAUGUUGGCAUGGGUGUUCCCUUUGCUUCUGAGAGUAAUUUUGGAGGUUCUCGUGUCGAAUUGUACCGGUGUAAAAUCUGUUCAAAAGUUACACGUUUCCCUCGUUACAAUGAUCCACUAAAGCUUCUAGAGACACGGAGAGGGAGAUGUGGAGAGUGGGCAAACUGCUUUACUCUUUAUUGUAGGAGUCUUGGUUAUGAAUCUCGUUUGAUUUUGAGUUUCACUGAUCAUGUGUGGACAGAGUGCUUUUCUAAUUCUCUUGGAAGGUGGAUGCAUCUUGAUCCCUGUGAAGGAGUAUAUGACAACCCUUUGCUGUAUGAAAAAGGAUGGGGAAAACAAUUGGAUUAUGUAAUUGCUCUUUCAAAAGAUGGAGUCUUUGAUGUCACAAAACGUUACACAAGAAAAUGGCAUGAGGUUCUAUCUAGACGGCACAUAACUUCUGAAGCAAAUGCUACCAUAGUUCUCUCCAGGUUAACUAAAGAAUGCCGUAGGGGUCUUAACCCUAUUGCACUUGCUGCGCUUGAGGAGAGAGACCGAAAAGAAGCCAAAGAACUUUCUAGGGAAAUUCAUCUUCAAGAUGAAUCUGUAUCGUUGCCUCAAAGGCGAAGUGGGGCCAAGGAGUGGCGCUUAGCAAGGUCUGAGGUGGAACUGAAUUAUGAUACUUCCUUGGGCUGUACUUCAUGUCCGAUCCGUAACUGUGUCGAUGACCAUGUCAGCCGCAUUUAUAAUAUACUUUGCAGUCUCUUGACUGAGUGGAUUGAUGCUGGGAUCUCAAAAGCAGAAACUGUGGACUAUCUGUACACAUUGAAGGAUUUGAUGCUAAAUUUGAAAAGUAUGUCCUUCAGAUCAAGGAGUGCGAUGCUAAAGUCAAGCUCUAAUGGUUCAGAAAAUCAGCUCUGGGCAAUGGCAUCUAUAAAAGAUCUGUUUUCUUCUCUUUCUCUCAAGACAGGGCUAGAGCUGGAUAACAAGCUUCACAUUUCUCUGAAUGAUGAUCCUGUUAGAACAGCCCUUACUUUACCUGUUAUAUUAGAUGCUCUUGAUGAAAUGAUUCAAAACCUUCAUGGUGUUGUUGUAUUCUCCAAAGGAUUUCUCCACCUGCCUCUUGCAAAACACAGCAGGAUAUCAUCAGGUUCAGUCAUUGCAAGUGGUGAAGAACUCCCUUCUGGGAUUGCUACCUCUGCAUUUGAUGGUCUUCGUUUGUCCAAAUGGGAAGAACCAAAUGGUGCAAAAGGUUGUUGGAUAGAAUAUAGAACACUGAAUGGUGAGAUGCAUGAACUUCAAGCAUAUGAGUUGAUGUCAGCUAAUGAUGCCCCCGAGAGAGAUCCAAUGGACUGGGUUUUGGAAGGAAGCAAUAAUAUGGGCUCGAGCUGGUUCAUUUUGGAUACUAGAAGCUCGCAGAUGUUCCAAGAACGAUUCAUGCGCAAGGCCUUCAUGAUUGAACCAUCCAAGAGGUGCAAGUCAAAUGCAUUCAGGUUCAGGUUUCUGGCCGUUUAUGACAGCAAAGUAACAUCUCGGAUGCAGGUGGGAAGCAUUGAUUUUUAUGCAGGAAAAGUGUGUUAGUUAAUGUUAUGAUAAUAUUACAGGCUGCUUGUUAUCCUUUCACGGUUCCAUGUUUUGUGUUUAACAUUCUUUAUGGCACGAAUUAGAUAAUAACAUUGUAAAAUUGGUGAAGCAUGUAGUCUUAUUUUAUGUUUUUAUUGCGCUAUUAUGCACU